AGCGCGGCUUGUGCGAUCGCGGGUUAAGCGCUUCGAGACCUUUUGAAUCGGCAGCGGUGCCUCUAAAUAUAUUUUUUUCCGUGUGCGCUUCUUGUUUAUGUUAAUCCAAUAUCGGUGCUAUAUAUACCGCGGAAAGAUAUUGCAGAAUAAGCCAUAAAUUUUGUCAAUUAAUCGGGUCUCGGUUUUAGAAGCGUGAGACCGACGAAUCCAAAUGAAUGUGGUGGAGUGAGUGUGUGCUGUGUGCAGCAUAAAUGAGUAUUUGGAGUUGAAAAGGGUCAAACCGGUUAUUGACCAACAACAACACUAAGCGCCAUGGAGGCAGCAGCAGCAACGGCAACAACAAAAGCCUCGGCAUCCUUGCAACGUGUCGCCUCAGAGUCGAGUCUGGGCCAGGAACAGGCUCCUCAAAUUGGUGGCCAGUUGCCUCAUCACUAUCAUUACAUCCAAUAUCCGGCGCAUUACAUGCAGCAGCAGCAGCAGCAGCAGCAACAGCAUCAGCAGAUUUCCCAGUCACUCCCGCCCUGCCAAUGCCCCUGUUCCUGUGGCCGGGCACCUGCUCAUCCGCCCACCAUGGCUCCGCCUGCCCAGCAGAACGCGUCCAUGGCAGUGGCGGUACUGGUGCACCAGCACACUCCCAGCACCCAGCAAGAGAGCUCCUCUAGACACCCGCCCCUCAAGACCCAGUCGGCUCAGUCGCUGCUCAAUCACUCCUAUCAGGCUCUUCAUGAAGAGCAAGCCCAGCUGCAGCUAGACACCUCGGCGGGAGCUGGGAGCUGCGACUGCGAUCUGGAGUGCACAUGUACCGCAGGUGGUGGAGGCAACUCCACUCUGGCGCAGCACAAGCGAAGUCUGCUGUCCGACGCUAUGCUCGGAGCAGACGAGAUCACGGUAAGCGAGUCGGAUAACAAUAGCACCAUGAUCAAGAAAAAGAAACCGAGAUCCGGUGGCGGUGGUGGUGCAGGACAACUGCCCCCCAAGACACAGCCCACGGGAGACAGUUGCAACGACAUCUACCACGAUACGGAAUUAGACGGCGCGGUGAAUGCUUCAUCGAGGUCAGGGCUGAAGUCACAGAUAAUGGACGACAAUCGUCCGCCACUGCCGCCGCGUCCUCCGCCCCGUCCCAGGAGUAAUGCCAAUGGAUCCAUAGCUCAUCGCCAUGGAGUCGGAAUCAAGAAGUACGUGGUGUGGUGCCUCAUCUGCGGUGGCUUCAGUUGCCUGUUGGGCGUUCUCUUCCUGGGCGUCUACUUCCUGCUUCACUCAUACACCAUAACAGUGGGUAACUUCGAGACUGUGCCAACCUUUGUGCCCGCCACCCUCCUUAUCCUGACGGGAAUUUGCAUCAUGAGCCUAGCCAGGCGGCGCAAUCGCUACAGUUACUUGAUCAAACUGUCCGGAGCCUGUGGCUUGGUGUCCGCCCUGACUUGCGCGCUGGUGACGGUUACCACGACUGUGCUCCAUAUGAGUCGCCUACAGGCCCUGAGAGAAUGUGAAUAUGCCCAAAAGACGCGCACCUGCACCUGCUAUUCGGACCUAAUUGAAUCCCAGGUGGACCGUGUCGAUAAGGAAGGAGUGCGCCUGGUAUUUGAUUCCCUCUCCGAUUGCAACGUUGUCCACGGAUCCCUGUACUCCUGCCUCAGGGCCAUCUUUGGCUUAUCCGUGGCGGGAGUUCUUAUCGCCGUCUUCAGCUGCAUGCUGGUCUACCAGCUUCUCAGCCACGAGCGGAAGAAGAUGUACUGGGAGCAGCUGGAGUUGCGCUGCCGUUCCUUGUAUGCCAGUCAAGCGCCUCCGCCGUCUUUGGGCCCUGGCAGGAUGCUGAACUGCCGCUGCUGUGAACAGUGCCACGCCCACCGCCAGCUGACAUUGCCCCUGCAAGCCACUGGCUAUCCGUGGGAUGAGGCCUCUAUGGCGGCAGCUGUGGCAGCCAGCGGUGGGGGCGCAGAACAGCGCUUCUGGACUGCCCAACCGCCGGGAAAUUUUUACUCCCCGAAUCCUGGAGGUGAAGACACUGUAGGAGCCUGCCGCAGUGGUGACAGAGGCGGUGCAGGUGCCAACGGAGGAGGAAGGAGCACCAGUGGCUGGAGCUGGCCUCGUAUGCCCUGGCAAAGGACCACGUCGGAUGCAGGACAUCGCUUUCGGCAGGCGACCGCCAGCCCGGACUCACAGUACGGAUUCAGCUCUUCGGCGGCUGCUCCGGGGGACACCAACCAAAUGCUAAUUGAAGAACCCUCUGUGACCGCCGCCUACAAUGGAAUACCGCCUCCGAGCGCCUUGCCUUACGGCGUCUGGGGUCCCCCGCCACCUUACAGUGAUCCGAAUAGUCCGGCCAGACGGGGCUACUAUCAAUAUCUACAACCCACGGCGUGUCUAGCGGGGAAUCAGCCCGCCACAGCUAUUACCCUUAGCCAGGAACCAGUGCAUCCAACCAUGCAGCAUCAACACACCCAUCUCCCACACCCCCAGCAGCAGCAGUUGCAACAACUUCAGCUGCAACGCCUCCAAGGCCAGUCCGCCACUCUGGAGCGGAUGGAUGGUCUCAGCAGUGUUGGGAACGUGAACUCAUUAGUGGCAGCCACUCGUUCCUCUGCCUACAAAUCCAAGGUGGAAUACGAAAACACGCCGUCCGACAGUGAUGGUGGAAAUCCUCGGGAACGGGAACGCUGCUCAAACACCCUGCCCACAAGAAAGCUGAAGAAACGCCUGGAGGCGGGAACCGGUGCCAAGAGCAUUGGUCCGCAGAGCAACCCGGGCCAACAGCGCCCCAAUGUCCAGCAACUAUUCGCCAAGCAGGAGCAAGUGGUGCAGCCUGCUAAUCCGCCCCAGCAAGCACAGCCUCAAUCCGCGGGGGUUGAAAAUAGCGGCUAUCAAGACUCCAAUGGAGCUAUUGCUAAGGAGCAAGCUGGAUCUGGAUCAGGAGCAGCGGACCCCGCGGAGUCGGAGGUGUACUUUGCCGAUGUGAGCAGCUGCUGCAACAUGUCCGUGAAGAACGAUAGCUUCUACGACAACGCCCAGAAGCAGCAUAGCCAUGUCCACAAUCACAAUCACAGCCAUUCACACGCCCAUGCUCAUCAGCACCAGCACCAGCACAGUAAUUGCAGUCACAGCAGUGGGCAGAGCACCGCCAACGAGGACUACCUGGCGCAGAGAUUUGGUCGAGGUCGUGAGCACUCCGUCCGAAGUCGGCUGCCUAUUCCACAGGGCCGGCGUGGAGAGGACGACUACGAGAGCUCAAACCUAAAUAUGCCGACCGCUAAGGAGCAGCAGCUUCAAAAGGAGAUCUCGCGCCAGAGCAUGUGCUCCGUUGAGUCGGAGGCCAAGACGGAGUUCACAGACCUGUCACCUUCGACGCCUUGCGGCGGAAAUCUGCCUCUGCCGCCGCCAGCCAACUUUGCCAGCGAUCCCCCGACCAGUGGUGGCCAGCAGUCCUCCAACUUUGUGGCCUCUUUUCCGUACUCGUCGGAGUCGCAGUGCCUGGAGGCGCAUCGGCGCUCCACCAAGAAUAUCCACGAGUUGCUAUUAGCCGGUGCAGGCGGUGGUGGCGUUGGAGGAACGGCAGCAGCAGGAGGAGGAACCUCCGCCAUUGCAGGGGACUCUCACUACGAAGUCAUCAACGAUCGGGGGAACCACUACCAUCAUCGGCCUCAACAGGCCAAGAGCAAGUCCACUAAGCCCAAGACCCGGUCGCGGGAGCAGCUGGACAUCUACAGCAGCAGUGGAGCAGACCGAUCCGACUGGUCCUCGGAUGGGGGUCGGUUGUGAGCCUCCGAGGAUCAAGAAGUAUUUGUCUAGCAGUGGUUUCAUCUCCAUUAUUUUCUGUAAAAGAUCUGUGGAUCGGACGUUUUGGGUGUUAAUGAUGCGAUGAGUAUUGGGGAAAGCUAAAAACCAUCAGGGUUGAAGAACCCAAUCUCUUAGCUUUAUUGUUAUCAACUGAAGGAUUCCCCGACCCAUUUUAUAGUUGGGUUAAUUAUAAUUUAUAAUUCUGUAACCAAUACUCACUCCAUCGCAUCGGUCACUUUAAGGUCCACGUUAAUUUCAGUAUCGUCGCAUUUGUAAUGUUUGCCAUCCAGAGCGGAACUCUUAUCUAAUGUAUAUCCUAGCCCCUAAUUCCACACCGGUUUUUAGGUCCUGGAGGCCCUGAAAACCCUUGCUUUAACUAUUUUACGCGAUAUCCUUUGCAUGGUUUACAAUUAGAGCAUCUAUAUGCUAUUAUGAUUCGGACAUAUGGUAGCAUUGAAUUGAAUGUUGAAACUUGUAGCAAUGAUAAUCUAUGGGUAUUU